AUGGCGACGAACGUCACCGUUCCUCGCUCCCUCACCGGAAGCGGCGCCUUGGUCACACCGGUGACCAGGAACUUUUCCUGUGACGAAGCGGACCUGAAUACACCGAUCGCCAGUCAUUUCAUAGAAAGCUUGAACACCGAAUAUAUGGUGUUUCUUUGUAUCAGUUCGAUUCUGACCAUGGCCAUUGUGGUGAAUUUUUUGGUGCAGAUCACAUACGUGGUUAUUUACGUUUCUGAUUACGGGAAGAUCACCAAAUUAGCAUGGAUGGCUGGUUUAUACCCGCAAUUGAUUUUAAGAUACUUUUCACGCACACUAUUUGUGUUUGUGGACUAUGUGAUCGACUGCUUCGGCGGCCAAGAAAAAAUGAGCAUUCUUUUAAAGGACAACCAAGUGAAGUUGAACACCCCGCCAUGCUGCUGUUGCUGUAAUUGCUUACCGACAAUGAUCGCUACAAGGAGGAGCGUCCGCAUUUUGGCCAUGCUCACCUACCAGAACGCAAUUGUCCGUCCGUUGACGUUUUACAUCAACGCAGUGAUCAUGGUGGAUCAGCUGGGACAGAGGAACGUGGUAGUAAGCGUCACUGAUUCGCUGUUGUACUGA